AUGCAAUUCAACGGUAUCUCUUUCCUUCUGGCCACGCUGCCGUUCUUGAGCGGAUUAGUCGAGGCAGGAUGCACCAAUGUUGGCGGAGGAGUUGGAGGCAACCCCUUGAAAUGCACAGCGUACAACGCACCCAGGAAUGUCGGCUCAUCCGUCAAUGGCCCACUCAACUCUCUUACGAUUUCACGAGUUGAGGACGACACGAAAUUUCCCGAUUGGAGGUUCUACACUUUCAAGAACAACAUGAACUACGACAUCAACUUUGCCGUCCAAUUCUGGAAUCCCAACACACAGCAGAACAACUGGCAAACCUACACUCUGUCACCUGACGAGAAGUGCGACGUGCAUUUUCUUUCUACGCUUCAAAAUUUCAAGCUCACUUGCUGA